AUGGCUAGCUUCUUCGAUAUCAAAGCUCGCAAGGCGGAAGCCGCUUCCAAUGGCACCACAAAUGCAAAAGAAGAAGCUAAGAAAAAUAAUCGCAUGCAACCAUGGGUUGAGAAAUAUCGACCCAAAGGUCUAGGAGAUGUUACGGCGCAAGAUCAUACCAUCACUGUUCUUCAACGCACACUGCAAUCCUCCAAUCUCCCGCAUAUGCUCUUCUACGGGCCUCCAGGCACAGGUAAAACCUCGACGGUUCUCGCCCUCGCCAAAGAACUCUACGGUCCCGAACUCAUGAAAUCUCGUGUUCUCGAACUGAAUGCUUCCGACGAACGAGGUAUAUCCAUUGUCCGCGAAAAAGUAAAAGAUUUUGCUCGCAUGCAGCUUUCCAAUCCCUCGCCCGCAUAUCGUCAGAAAUAUCCAUGUCCGCCUUACAAGAUUAUUAUAUUGGAUGAGGCGGAUAGUAUGACGCAGGAUGCGCAGAGUGCGUUGAGAAGAACGAUGGAGACGUAUAGUAGGAUUACGAGAUUCUGUUUGAUUUGCAACUAUGUGACGAGGAUUAUUGAUCCCUUGGCGAGUAGAUGUAGCAAGUUUCGGUUCAAGAGCUUGGACAAGGGGAAUGCGUUGGUUAGAGUGAGGGAAAUCGCGGAUAAGGAGGGUGUUAGGUUGGAGGAGGGGGCGGUAGAAGCGCUGAUUAAGUGCAGCGAGGGAGAUUUGAGAAAAGCGAUCACAUAUUUGCAGAGUGCGGCGAGGUUGGUGGGAGCGGUUAGUCCGGAGGGCGAAGAGAGAAACAAUGCAGACAAAAUGGACGUGGAUGAAAAGAUGGUUACAGUGAGCAGCGUGGAAGAUAUUGCAGGAGUUAUACCGGAUAACACGAUUGAGAAAUUGGUCAAGGCCAUGCAACCUAGAUCGAGAGGAGUUGUAUACGAAGCUGUAUCCAAAGUAGUAGUUGAUAUGGUGGCAGAUGGGUGGAGUGGCACACAGGUCGUCUCGCAGCUGUACCAAACCAUCAUCAACUCCGAAUUGAUCGCCGACUCCCACAAAAACAAAAUCGUAGCUCUCUUUUCAGAAGCAGACAAACGACUCGUGGAUGGUGCAGACGAACAUCUCACUAUCCUCGACCUGUCUUUAAGGAUAUCCAAUAUUCUCGGCAGUUCUUAAUCGAUGUUUGACAUGAUAUCACAGUUCCGAAAGAUAGUUUGGGGUGGUAUUUGUAUAGCAAAGGUAUUGGCGUUCAGGUUAUCAUGAAAAGCAGACACGGAAACGAUAUUAGGAAAAGCGUAUGUAGCUAUAAUGAAGAUUAAUAUGAGCCUGCGAUGACCACCGUUGAUGCUAUUGAGCAAGGAGAGUUUUGGAAUAUAGUUGCGCCAUAGUAACUUUGACUUUUGUUGCAAAUCUGUUGGCUUAACAAACUUGGCGUUCUUACUUCAAGUUGAAUUUGGAAACGACUCUCUUUUAACAGCGGUCUCUUCAUGGAGAUAUAAAAGUUUUGAGGGGAGCAUGGUGUUGCUCUGUUUAGAUGUGUCUACUAAGAGUAAAUUGUGAUGCUAUACCUCUCUACUAUAGAUGUGAAUGGAUGGGCCAUGUGAAGUGAAUAAAGAAACCUGUGUC